CAGAACGCAAAAAAAUAAGCGAGAACUGGGCGCUGCAAACCAAAAAGAAUUCAACAAAAUAUAUCAAAAAAAUCGAAGAAAACAAUUUGAAAUAAAAACAAUAACAAAUUAAUUGAGAGAUCUCUCAAAUUAAGUCUUUAAACCAAACAGCAGCUGCAUACAUAUAUUUUUAUAUAUAUACAUUUAUAUAUAUUAAAUAUAUAUAUAUAUAAAAUUCUAGACGUGUUUUUUGUAAAGGAAGGUAGCCACAGUAACGCGAAGCGGGAGCAACAAACGAGUCGUCGUGACCAGGAGCAACAGCAGGAACAGGAGCAGGAGCAGGAGCAGGAGCAGAAGCAGGCAGCGCGACGAGGCAGCUAAUAAGGAAGCCAGCACACACCCACACACAUACAACACCUACACACAACACCCACCCCGCACACACACACACAGAAAUUGAUUAAGAUGUCAUGGAGAUAUGCGCUACUCACCGACAGAUACAGCAGCAGCAUUGGCGAUAGAUAUAGUCCGCACUAUUAUCAGUCGCCCAGCCGUCUGGAAACCUCCGAACAGACCACAGGACGCCAGCUGCAGCGAGUACUGCAUUAUUCGAUGGCCCCGUGCCGGACAUUGCCCGGCCUGAGGCGUGCCGAGUGCGCCAUACACGAUGUUGACUGUGAUGAGGUCUAUCCGGGCAUUUAUAUUGGCGAUGCCGCGGCGGCCAAAAACAAAACCUAUUUGCGAAUGAUGGGCAUUACGCAUGUGCUGAAUGCCGCGGAGGGCUGUCGCUACGGUCAGGUGGACACGGGACACAGUUACUAUCGUGAUAUGCCCAGCAUUAGACGCCAACAUAAGGAUUGCAUUUUUAGAUAUAUGGGCUUCCCCAUGGUCGAUGCCCCAACGCAAGAUAUAUCCCGUUACUUCUAUGUGGCAGCCAAAUUCAUAGACAGCGCCAUCAGCAGCGGCGGCAAAAUUCUGGUGCACUGCUUGGUGGGCAUGUCUCGGUCGGCCACUUGUGUGCUGGCCUAUCUGAUGAUCUGCCGCAAAAUGUCCGCCGUAGACGCGAUACGGACGGUGCGCAUGCGCCGUGAAAUACGACCAAAUGAUGGCUUUCUGCAGCAGCUGGCCGAUCUCGAUAUGGAGCUGAAGCGCAAGAACCUUUAUCCCUACUAAGGCAAUACCAAAACCCAACACAACCAAAGAUAUAUAUAUCUACAUAUAUAUAUAUAUACAACACACACACAACACACACACAUACACAUAUAUAUCUAUAGAUGUAUAGGAUAAGGAUAGAAAGAAUGCUGACAAUGGGCUAAAGAAAAAAAACACACAGAAUUGUUGUAUUGCUAAGAGUUAUAAAAACACACACACACAUGGGCAACGUUUAUGCGCUGUGCUUAAAUCAUGAUAUGAAUUCUGAGUAAGUAUAGAAAUCAGUAUAAAUAUGUAUUUCAUGUUUAAGCAAUCAGUAUAAAGAAAUCACUAUACAGUUGUAUUUCAUGUUUAAACAAGUUUCAAUUUUAUGAUAUGGCUGCAGCGUAUAAGCGUGUGUCAAAACAGCUACACACACACACACAACAAGUACACAAAUGCAACGUUUACACGCGCUACCCUAAUCAUGAUAUAAAUUUUGAAGAUUCAUAAAAAAGAUAUAUUUUGAUGGGUAUAUAUAAGAGUUUGACACAAUUCCAAAAGGGGCGCAUAUGGGUGUUACGUAUAUAUAUUACACACAUGCACACACACACACAUAUAUACAGACAAAGCGUUGUUCUAAACUAUUUAUAAACAUAAAAAGCUAACGACUUAAUGGUAACUUGGUCUUCUGAUAUAAAAAGCUGUUCAAAUCAAUUGUCUAAUCGUGACAUCUCGUUAUAUGCAUACAUAUACAAAUAUAUUCGGUCGUACUUCCAUUUACUGGGUAUCAGCACACCCCUCCCACAUACAUAGCUACCUAGGCAUGGAUCGACGAUCUACAGCACAGCGUGAAACAAUAAUUGCAAGGAUCGAGCUGACAUCUGAACACCAAGGCAUAUAUAUGCAUAUACACAUAUACAUAUAUAUAUAUAUAGAUAUGUAUAGAUGUGCAUGCAAAAC